UUAGAGUGAAUUAGGUCACUCCUGCAGAGACGUGAACUCUUUUGGGUUGCUGGGAGGUGUGUGUUGUGCGCAUGCGCGGUGUCGAGCAGACACGGUGAGGCCCGUGGAGUUCCUGCCUGUGUCUGUCCUCCUCCUCCUCAGUCUGUCCUGUCCUGCGUGUCCGUCUCCAGCUCGGCCGGAGUCUCUCCUUCACUUGGACAACUUCACGGCAUCUUUUUAAAAGUUUUCUGUUCUUCCCGUCGGCGUGUGAAACACUUUGGGUCAUGGCGGCGAGCGCGAAGCGAAAGCAGGAGGAGAAACACCUGAAGAUGCUGAGAGAAAUGACGAGUUUAGCACACAACCGGAAGUGUUUCGACUGCGAUCAGCGCGGUCCGACUUACACCAACAUGACGAACGGCUCCUUCGUGUGUACGUCCUGCUCCGGGAUCCUGCGAGGUUUGAACCCUCCCCACAGAGUGAAGUCCAUCUCCAUGACAACCUUUACGCAACAGGAAAUAGAAUUUCUCCAGAAGCAUGGAAAUGAGGUGUGUAAACAGAUAUGGCUGGGUCUGUACGACGACAGGAGCUCAGCUGUACCUGACUUCAGGGAACCGCAGAAAGUCAAAGAGUUCCUCCAGGAAAAAUAUGAGAAAAAGCGAUGGUACAUUCCUCCAGACCAAGCCAAGGUGGUAGCUUCGGUCCAUGCGUCCAUGUCGGGUUCGUCAGCCAGCAGCACAAACAGCACUCCAGAAGUGCGGCCGCUGAAAACCCUGCUGGGAGAUCAAGCACCCGCUCUGCACCUGAGCAGAAACACACCCAGCCAGUCUCCUGUAGCGUCACGUGUUCAGUUGACCAAUCAGGACAGGAAAUUCGAUCUGCUCAGUGAUCUGGGCGGGGACAUCUUCGCUGCUCCGGCAUCGCAGUCCUCGGGCAACUCCAGCUUUGCCAACUUUGCCAAUUUCAAUAGCCACCCAGCAGCACAGAAUGCUAAUUAUAAUACAGAAUUUGCAAAUUUUGAUGCGUUCGGGAGUUCUGCUGCUGCCACUGCGCCAAGUGUUGCAUUUCCCUCUGCCCCACAAGCACCAUUUCAGCCUGCACAAACAGCGUUCUCAGAUGUGCCGGUCAGCUGCAGUGUGGGAGAAUUCCCCUCCACGCUGCCCCUACUGGCUACUCAGAGUGGCUCAGCAGGACUGGCCAAUGCCAACUUUGCCAACUUUGACAACUUCCCCAAGUCUUGCAGUGCCGACUUUGCCACAUACGGCCAGUCCAACUGUUCUGGGGGUGGGGUUAAGGCUGACGGAAGCUCUGUACCUGCUGACAGGUAUGCUGCUCUUGCUGACCUGGACAACAUCUUCAGCUCUACUAAAACUGAACAAGGUUCCAGCUCAGCUCCUCCCUCUGCAGGUGUGGGUCCACCUCCUCCUCAGGUAGCCAUGUUGGGAGGCGAUCGCUAUGCUGCACUGGCUGCACUAGACACCGCCUUCAGCCCCCCGGCACCCAGUAACAGCAGCUUUGGCACUGCCGCCAGCACCCAGGGGUCUGUGUUUGGAGCUCCUCCUGGAGUGUCUGCACCACAGCCGCAGCAGGCGGCGCUGCCCCAGGGCUUCGGAGGCCCAUCAACAAACCCCUUUGUCUCUUCUGCUGCUCCUCCUUCAAAUCCAUUUCAGGCCAACGGGAGACCAGCAGCAGACCUCACAGGAGUUUCUCAGGCCCAAGACCCUGCAGUGUACUUUGCCUCGUUUGGUCCCGGCUCUAUGAGCAUGCCAGCUGGCUUCAGUAACACGGCUGCCUACAACCUCCCCUCAAGCUUCAGUGGAAACUUCCAGCAAGCCUUCCCUGGUCAGGGCUUCCCUCAGCCGCAGGCCUACACUCAACAACCUAACGGUGGAGGUUUUGCUGCAUUUGGUCAGGGCAAAGCUGCUGUAGCUCAGUUUGGACAGAACAUGGCAGCACCAGGAGUCACUAAUAACCCAUUUUUGGCUGGAGCGCCGGUGUCACAGUAUCCAGCAGGAAGCUCCUCUACAAACCCUUUCUUAUAGCACCGCACUCCCAACACCACCGGGUGGCGGCGGCAGACUCUCGCUCGCACCUCUUGCACUGUUUUGUUGUUCCGAGUAGCUUUAAAGACACGUUUCUAAAGACUUUUUUAUCACGUUAGUACAAAUUACAUUAUUACACCUAACGUUAAGGUGUGACCUGACGAUCCAUCU